GUGUCUCCGAGGCUGCGCUCCUGCCAGAGCCCAAGGACUCACCGCUUCCUCCGCUCCCUUCCCGGGCCGACAGCCCCCCAAAAGUUGUGAUGCUUUUCUUUACCCAGUGCUUUGGGGCUGUGUUAGAUCUCAUUCAUCUCCGGUUUCAGCACUACAAGGCUAAACGCGUUUUCUCCGCGGCUGGGCAACUUGUCUGUGUCGUCAACCCCACGCACAACCUAAAGUAUGUGUCCAGUCGGCGCGCAGUCACUCAGAGCGCUCCAGAGCAAGGCAGCUUCCACCCUCACCAUCUCACCCACCACCACUGCCACCACCGCCACCACCACCACCUCCGCCACCAUGCCCACCCCCACCACCUCCACCACCAGGAGGCGGGGCUGCACACUGCCCCGGUGACGCCCUGCCUGUGCCUGUGCCCCUUGUUCUCCUGCCAGUGGGAAGGCUGCCUGGAGGUGGUGGUGCCCCACCUGCGGCAGAUCCACAGCGUUGACAUCCUCCAGGGAGCUGAGAUCGUCUUCCUGGCCACGGACAUGCACCUGCCCGCGCCGGCUGAUUGGAUCAUCAUGCACUCCUGCCUCGGCCACCACUUUCUGUUGGUGCUGAGGAAACAGGAGAGGCAUGAAGGGCACCCCCAGUUCUUUGCCACCAUGAUGCUGAUUGGGACCCCCACCCAGGCCGACUGCUUCACCUAUCGCCUGGAGCUCAACAGAAACCAUCGGCGUCUGAAGUGGGAGGCCACGCCCCGGUCUGUCCUCGAGUGCGUGGACUCGGUGAUUACUGACGGGGACUGCCUCGUCCUCAACACCUCGCUGGCACAGCUCUUCUCUGACAACGGCAGCCUUGCCAUCGGGAUUGCCAUCACCGCGACGGAGGUCCGCCCCUCAGAAGCUGAAAUGUGAGGCCGGGAGCCCUGGAUGUUCCCACGGAGCCUCCCUAGGAAAAGCCUCGGACCUCCCAGUGCCGUGCCGGGACUCCAGACUCCUUUUUAUUCUUCUCCUUCCUUUCUUUUUUUAAAUUUAAUUUUUUUUGCGGGGGGGCGGGUCUCAGGUACUUUAUGGGAUUUAGUCUUUGUCUGCCAUGGGCAUUGUAUUAUGUAAACAUCCUGUAAUUCAAGAUCUUGGUGUGGCGUUUGUCCUGUAUUGUUGGUGUUGUUUCAUAGAAGGUUUCUAGGAUUUAGUCAGAAUAGUUUUUUUUUUCCUGUCACCUCCAAUUCCUUUCUCUGCUGCUUUCUAAAGGAUCAAAACACCAUGAAGCAGACUGCUGGGGUUGAGAGGCUUAGCUUGAGAAUCAUUUCUCGUUUCUCUUUUCAGUCUAUUUCAGAGCAAGCUAAAUCUGAACGUGUGUAGUCAGCAGGUUGGGGAAGGGGCCCUGCUCAGAGAUGGAUCACAUUUCAGACCAGCCAGACACGACUCUGACACCUUCCCAGGAACCUCAAGGUCAAAGCUGGGUUACCCAGGCAUGAGGAGAUGGUGUCUCCUCCACAUGGCUGGAGGCUGGACUAGAGGCAUCAUCCUGUGCUGAGCGCUCAGGUUGACACUGGGGCUCAGGAGAGUGGUCAGAGGCCCACCUUCCUGUGAUGGGCUCUCGUCGCCUUGUUCCCAGGCUGUGCCAUCUUUUCCUGCUCUAGAAUCAAAGUCCUCAGAUUUUUGGUGCUUUCUUAAAAACCCCUUUGCCUUCUGUUGAGCAAGCAGCAGAAAAGAAUAGGCACGAUGGGGCAUGGGGAGGAAAAGCAACAGGGAAAAGAGAAUAUAAAAUUCAUCUCCCGUCUCUGGGAGGGCACUCCCUCCUCAGAGAGUUUCAUUAUUUUCAUUAUCAAGUUAUAAAACCCAUCAGUCCCUCCCUAGGGUGCUGUUCUUUCACAUCAUGCAAAAAGCAGAACCAGGACUCAGCAUCAAAGGCAAAGAACUCAGAGGGCGGCACCCAGGAAGUCUGACCUGGCGGGCUGGCCGUCGCUUACAGACGUGGGAGGCUCUCCUUCCUUCCCUUACUUUCUAAAACGCUCCGACGGUCCCAUUCAGUACACAGCCGUGACCACGGCUCCCGUGUGUAUUCGGCACCCUGUUUCAGUGUAAAUGAAACAGUGACAGAAAUCCAUACGGCCUCCGCACAGCUUGCUCUCACUUACCUGGUUGUUAGACCAAUUAAUUCACCAACAUCUUCCUGCAGACGUGUCUCGUGUCUCUGAAGAAAGUCAGCAUGUUUAGUCAACUUUGUCUUUUGUGUUCUAAGGUGGACACCUUUAAGCCUUCCCAGGAGGACCUCUUCUAGCUCCUUUUUGUCACAUUCAUCCCUUCUUCUGGCUGCUCUCCAGACACUGCAGGAGCCAGGCACCCCAUCCCCAGCGCAUCCUCAUGAGAGCCCA